CACGUGCACUGAGAAAUGGGGAAGUUGUGAAAGUAGAAGAGUCUUCCCUAUUCACUGCAUCAUACUAAAUCCUGAGACUGGCUUCAAGAUGAUUCUUCUGCUUGGGUUGGUGAUGCUGACAGGAUGUGCUGAAAGUAUUGAAGAUUUGUCGGGUCGAAUGUUCACUUUCCCACAGCAAAGCAACACUGGUCGUGUGAAGCUGAACAUAGCACAACAGGAAUUAAGUGUUGUUACUCUCUGUCACAGGUCCUUUACCGACCUCAACAGAGACCACGCCCUCUUCUCUCUGGCCACAUCCUCCAAGAGCAAUGACUUCCUGAUUUUUUGGGAUGGAGCAAAUAAGGAGAUGGAGCCUAUCAUCAGGGAUAAAAAGACAGAAUAUAGAGGGUUUGACUACAAGCCGAACAUGUGGCACUCCAUUUGUACCACAUGGGACUCUAAGUCUGGACUGGUGCAGAUGUGGUUUGAUGGAAUACCCUCGAUUAAGAAGUUCAGCACCUCUGGGUCCAACAUCAAAGGAACCAUGAUGAUUAUUUUAGGACAGGAGCAGGAUUCUCACGGUGGGGGAUUUGACAUUAACCAGUCUUUCGUUGGCAUGAUGUCGGACGUCCACAUGUGGGACUACAUCCUCUCCUCCUGCGAGAUCCAGAACUACGUGGAUGAGCACUACUUCACUCCAGGGAAUGUGAUCAACUGGAAUGCACUGGACUUCCAGAUCGUAGACAAAGUGGUGAUUGAGGAAAAAAUUCAGUCUUGUCACUGAACCUUUAAAACAAGUCCAUUAAUACGUUAGAAAGACAAAAAAUUACAUAAUAUUACACUUGCUGUGCUUUUAUGUGCAAUGUAAAUGCAUUUAGAGAAAAAGUCGAAUUGUAGAAUUUACAGGCAGCAAAAUAAGGUGUCGUUUAUCUGUUAACAUGGAGGAGGCAGGGUUUAUGACCAGUGGCAAUUGAAACACUCUGGCUGUCAUGUCGUCCAACUUUAUAAACAGCCCAUGGUUUUUCCCAAAUCAGAUUUUCUGUAUCUUUCAGUCUCACUGCAACAGAUUCAGACUCAAAUUCUAAGGUGGUAAUGUUGCUCCAUUCCUGCUGGAUGUGUGAGAAGGGUAUUAUUUUUUAACAUGUUAGUCAUAACAAGUUUACAUUGCAAUAAUAUCCAGCCUGUGGGUCUGUCGCUUAUUUUGAAGGUCCUCUGAUCCCUAUUGGCCAAAGAUAUAUAAAUUCACCUUUAAACUAGUUUUGGUAUUUACAUGAGCUGAAUUGAUCUUUGUGUGUUAUUUUUCUGGACAUUGAAAUAAACAAUAUCCUUAUUCAA